UAUUGUAGAUCCGGCAUUAAUUCUGGUUCUGCAUAGAGCACUCGGUUUUUCGCAGAAAUUUUCUACCUUGAUACGCGUCAUCCUUCAUGAAGUGAAUAUAUCUUCAAAAACUAUAUACAAAUCGUAUCUUGUAAAACCGUACGUUAAUCGUAUUAUCGUGUUAAGUUACAAUAUGGACAAGAAGACUAAAGAAGAUCAAAGAGACAAUAAUUUAAAUAAAAAAAAACAAAACAUUUCAUCUGAAUCUCCAGAAGAAGAAGUAGAAGAUUAUUCCGAAAUGGAGAGAUUGCGGAGAUAUCUAGCUCAAAAAUUAAGAUUUAUUGACCUACCAGCAAGUGAUCAAAAUGAUGAAUUACAACAAUCGGUUCUUGGCAAACUUGACUUAGAUGGAAUUGUAGAAUAUAUUAAAGAAACUACAAAUUGCAAAAUAAUCACUAUGGCAGGUGCUGGAAUUUCUACUUCUGCAGGAAUACCAGACUUUCGGUCACCGUCUAGUGGACUUUAUCAUAAAUUAGACAAAUAUAAUUUACCUCAUCCACAGGCUAUUUUUGAGUUAAACUUUUUUAUGAAAAAUCCGGAACCAUUCUUUACUCUUGCAAGGGAAUUAUUACCAGAAGGCUUCAAACCUACAGUAAGCCAUUAUUUUAUUCGUUUACUGUGGGAGAAAAAUCUAUUAUUACGACAUUAUACACAAAAUAUUGAUACGCUGGAACGUGUUGCUGGAUUACCGCCUGACAAAUUAGUGGAAGCUCAUGGAACGUUUCAUACUGGCCAUUGUCUUAAGUGCCGAGCACCAUAUACACUUCCAUGGAUGAAAGAAAAAAUAAUAGAAGGCGUAAUACCAAAAUGUGAAGAGUGCAAUGAAGGUGUUGUGAAACCUGAUAUAGUCUUUUUUGGUGAAAUGCUACCUCAACGCUUCCAAGUACUUGCUGAGCAAGAUUUUGUACAAGCUGAUCUUUUAAUUAUCAUGGGAUCAAGUUUAGUAGUGCAGCCUUUUGCAUCACUAGUAGAUAGAGUACGAACCACUUGCCCCCGUUUGCUUAUCAAUAAUGAAAAAGUGGGUAUGCAAGAUCGUUUGUCACGUUUCUUAGGAUUACGACAAGGGUUGGUAUUUGAUACGAAGAGUGCACACGGAGGACGGGACGUAGCUUGGUUGGGUGACUGUGACACAGGUUGUCAAUUGCUAGCAGAUAAACUUGGCUGGAGGGAUGAAUUGCAAGCACUUAUGCAAAGAGAACACGAAAGUUUGAAACCAGAAAACAAAAGAGGAAAUUAACUAAUGUUAGUUGAAUAACAAUAUCUGGUAAUGGCUAUUUUUUAGAAGGAAUAAAUUGAUUAUUUUAUUAAAGCUUUAUGUUAUUUAUGUAUCAGAAAAAUAUGUUGAAGAGAUAAAAUUUAAUUUAAAAUAUAUAACACAGAUAUUAUUAGAAGAUUAACAUAAAAUCUAUGUGAUUAAUUAAAAAAUGUAUUUAUGAACAUCUGUCAAUUUAUCUUAUUGUUUCUUAUAAUUACAAAAGUUAAGUAAUGAAGACUAUUAAUGUAUAGAAUUAGGUUUGUUGACGAUUUAAUCUUUUUUAUAUGUACGUAGAAAGUUGUCCAUUAUUUCGUUCAGAAAAUCGUUAUUUUUGCAAGGAACAGUUGUCACAAAUAAUUUAUUACUUUUUAUUCUGCCAUGAAAUGGCAUGAACAGUAAUAUAAUUCAUUUUUGCACUCUUUUAUCUUAUUCCUCAGACUUUUUUUCGUUAUAUUUACAUACAUGCUAUCUCUCGGCAUGCAUACGGUAACUUAUAUAAACUUUCGCAGAUUUAUUGUCGCUGUCAUAAAGAUAAUCUUAAGACUUCACUCCCUUUGAACCUCUUCUUGCCACUUUCUAUGCAGUUUUAACAAAAAAUAGUAUGUGCAACUUGUGUGGUUGGUUUGGCUAUUACUCGCUUGUACGGGUGAAAGCAUUAGUGGACAAUAUAACUGACUUCCCGCAAUCGUUGCACAAUAUACGUAUUAUUAACACUAAUAGUAUUGAUAUUGAACGAUCUAGUAUUGUUGUGCGUUUGUACAUCAAACUUGAUAAAGUGGUAUGCGAUACCAUUUUAGAGUUAAUUAUUUGAUUUAAUUCUUAUAUGGAAAUUUACAAGCUUUGUAUAGAAGCAUUUUAAAUAAAACCAAAAUAAUUGAAAUUAUAAAUAAAAAUAAAUGUUUUGUUUGGGGCUCUCUAUGCGCUUAAUUUUGAAAUUAAAUUUGAAAUAUUUAUUGCCAAAUUGCCAAAAAAAAAGUAAUAAUAAUACCUAUAAUAUAUUGUAUUUAUUAUACCUCCAUACUUCCUUUUAUUAAAGAAAUUAAUGAACAUAUAAGAUAUCUACUUUUAUUAGACAUUUAUUAAGGAAAUAUAUGUAUCCAGCAAACACUAAUAUAUAAUUAUUACUGUAGUAAAAUUGAAUAUAACAAUAUUACGUUGA